CUGCUCCACGCCUCCUCAGGAGAGGCAGGAGGUGUUAGAGGAAGUGAGGAGGUCCGUCGCUGCGUGGUCACUGUGACUGAUCCUGAAACGGUUUGUUUUGGUGAAAAUCUCAGUGCAGAACAUGUGAACCUGCUCCAUCCAGACCUGCAUGGGUAUGAGAACCUCUGAAACGAAUGAUGCCCUGUUGAAAUUCUUCUUCCGACUACUUUUCCUGCAGUUUAAGUUUGCCUCCAAAAACCAAUCAGGAGGUUCCUCGAAGUGUGUCUCACUGCUGAGGUCAGAAAAUGGUUGAAAUAUGAACAUGGCAUCCAGUAGCAGCUCUGGUCCUCAGCAGAGAUCGUACCACUGCUCGGAGUGUGGGAAGACUUUUAAGCGAAAAAUCAUCCUCCAAACACAUCGGCUCAUUCACACAGGGGAGAAGCCCUACCGGUGUCCGGAGUGUGGGAAGAGUUUUACUAAGCAGUGCUCUCUGCAAGUGCACGAGCGCAUCCACACCGGAGAGAAGCCUUAUAACUGCUCGCAUUGCAGUAAGAGUUUCAGUGACCGAGGAAAUUUCAGAGCACACCAGCGCAUUCACACCGGAGAGAAGCCGCAUGAGUGCUCAGAGUGCGGUAAGACCUUUUAUCAGAAGAGCAACCUCCAGCGCCACCAGCACGUUCACACCGGCGCCAAGCCGUAUCGCUGCUCGGACUGCGGGAAGAGUUUUACCCGACCCAGCUACCUCCAGCUGCACCGGCUCGUUCACACAGGAGACAAACCCUAUUACUGUUCACACUGCACAAAGAGUUUCAGCGACAUACGGAACCUCAGACGACACCAACUCAUUCACACAGGAGAGAAGCCUUACUGUUGCUCGCGCUGUGGGCAGAGCUUCAAUCAGCUGAGCCACCUCCAGAGACACCAGCGCGUCCACACGCAAGCCGAAUGGGGUGCAGCAGGCGGAGCUGACCGGAAUGCGGGUGGAGUGAAGAGACCGCCCCUCUUGGUCCCACGUGGUGGCGCUGAUCCGUGUGACUGCAUCCCCGAGGCCAGCGAAGCGGAGAGGCGGAAGAUCAGCGCUCCACACCGCCGGAGGAGCAGACAGGAGCUGCGGGGCUGGAGUAUGGCCUCCAAAAGAAGCACCAAAACUCAGCAAAUGUCCUCUGUUACUCUCCACCACACUGAUGCUUCUCACAAGAGGACGCAAAAAAAAGCAGACAAGGUGAGAACUCACCUCUGCUCCAUGUGUGGGAAGAGUUUUACUCGGCAGGGUCACCUCCAAAUACACAAGCGUAUCCACACGGGAGAGAAGCCGUUUGCCUGCUCGGAGUGUGGGCGGAGUUUCAGAGAAAAAGCUACCCUUAAAAAGCAUGAACGCAUUCACACAGCAGAGAAACCGCAUUCCUGCUCAGAGUGUGGGAAGAGUUUUAAUCGAGAGCGAAGUCUCCGACUGCACAGAUAUAUUCACGCGGAGGAGAAGCCAUAUCACUGUUCGGAGUGCGGGAAGAGUUUUACUCAGCCGCACAUCCUCGAGCUUCACCGGCGCGUUCACACAGGGGAGAGGCCGUACCAGUGCUCAGAGUGCGGGAAGGGUUUUACUCAGCAGGGCCAUCUGAAACUACACCAGAGCGUCCAUACAGGAGAGAGGCCGUAUCACUGCUCAGAGUGUGGACAGGCUUUUAGAGAAAAGGCUUCCCUUAAAAAACACCACCGCAUUCACACGGGAGAGAAACCGUAUCACUGCUCAGACUGUGGGCAGAGUUUUAGAGACAACAGUGCCCUCAGAAAACACCAGCGCACUCACACAGGAGAGAAAACCCACCGCUGCUCAGAGUGUGGGAAGAGUUUUGCUCACCAGAGUUUGCUCCGGUCACACCGGCGAAUUCACACCACGGAGAAGCCGUAUCGCUGCUCCGACUGUGGCCACUGUUUCGCUCGACGGAGUCACCUGCAGUCGCACAAACGUGUUCACUCAGGAGAGAAGCCCUAUCAGUGCUCCGAGUGUGGGAAGAGCUUCACUCGACAGGGUGGGCUCCACUUACACCAGCGUACUCACACGGGAGAGAAGCCGUACCGCUGCUCCGAGUGCGGGAAGAGCUUUAAUCGCCAGAGUAGCCUCCAGCUCCACGGACGCAUCCACACAGGAGAGAAGCCGUAUCGCUGCUCGGAGUGCGGAAGCAGCUUCAGAGACAGAGAUUGCCUUAAAAGACACCAGCGCAUUCACACGGGAGAGAAGCCCUACGACUGCUCGGAGUGUGGGAGGAGCUUUAGAGACAGAGAUGCCCUCAAAAAACACCUGCGCACUCACACCGGAGAGAAGCCCUACCACUGCUCGGUGUGUCUGAAGAGCUUCCCUCACCAGAGCAGCCUGCAGGUGCACCUGCGCAUCCACACGGGAGAGAGGCCGUAUUACUGCUCGGACUGUGGGCAGAGUUUUAGAGACGGAGGUACCCUCAGAAGUCACCAGCGCACUCACACCGGAGAGAAACCCUAUCACUGCUCAGAGUGUGGCAGGAGCUUCGGGUACCCGAAAAGUCUGAAGACACACAAGUGCACUAAAAGUGAGAUUAAAAACUCGUCAUACAUGAAUUUGUCAAAUGGAAAACAAAACUAAGAUUUUUAUCAGGUUUUUUUUUUAGGUUAGUGUGAAUCACGUGACCUGUAAUUUUGCUGUUUUCCAACGUUAUGGGAAAAAGAGCUCCUGACUUUCUCUCUCUCGUGCUUUCUAAACUUGUCUGAUUGCAGUGAUUAUCUGUAUAACGACUUUAUUCAAGGCGAUGGUUCUGUAUAGAACCAUGAACACUCAAAGAACCAUCUGCUUGCUUAAACUGUGAAAUUUAAUUGUAAGUCUUGUUCUCUAUGAAACCUUUCUGAAAAGGGUUCUACUCUUACACAACCGAAGAACUGUCAAUCUGAAGAACCAUUUCACCCUGCAGAGAACUUAAGCAUGCAAAUGCUUCUUUCAGUGUUCACGGUUCUACACAGAACCACUGCCAUUGCUAAAGAACCCUUGAAGAACGGAGUGUGUGAAUGCCUGCUUAUGUCCAUGAUGACACAUUAAAGCUGCACUGGUGUCAGAUUUGGGGAUUUGGAGACCUCUGAGACAAAGAGAGCUCAGUCUGAACCUGGUGAAGGAGCGUCUCUGAGGAUGUGAGUGGAUUAUCUACUACUGUCAUCACAUCUCCAUCAGUGUGAGAUCACUGGCGGCCUAAACGUCAAGCCGGACCUUCUUUUUGAGUCUGUGCGUGAUGUUAAUAUGUAAAGACGUACGACAUGGUGAUUAAAACUCCCACACUGAAUUAUUUAA